AUGGCCACUUGCAGCUCCUCGCCGAGACCACCCGCUUAUGACGAGGACAGCCGGAGCGACGGCACAAGGGACAACUGGGAAGACUGGGAGGAUGAAGAAGUGGUGACGCCUAUCAUGGACGACGAGCAGGCCCUCAUCGCCGACAAGGCCGCCAUGCCCAGUCCUCUCAGGCCCUCAAAGCCUACCACCUCCCGCGCAUCACUGUCACGACAAUCCGUCCACAGGCUGAGGAGACUGAAAUCCCGCCACAGGCAGAGGGACCAAAAUGCCAAAGCGGGCAUCAAGGUCGUGACCAACAUGACCGAGCUCCGUCGUCAACACCAUCUGGCCAACAGCCCACAUCGCGCGAGAGGCAAGUUUGUCGAUGCUGCCGCCCUCAAGGCCCUCGAAGGUGAGCCGUCGUCCGCCUCUGUGGGCAACUGGAAUUGGUUCUCCAGGAAGAACAUGACCAAAUCCCUCAAGUGCCACCACUCGGAGCCCCUCGAACAGGACCUCUCCCCAAACGAUCGCCCCAUUGUCAUCGGCAUCGCUCUUCCUUCGGACCUGGCCCAGCGUGGCAACGGCAACACAGAUGCCCAUGCACACAUGCUUGCCACACCCUUGGAGGCACCAACCCCCCAUCCUCACUUGCGCCACCCAGCAAACCCGCAGCAGCCUGGGAAAACCCCCAGCCCCAUGACUCCUUCACAGCAACGAUCCGUGUGGAGCCCCGACACCCCCGACACCACUUCACCGUUCCAGUCACCUCGACACACAUCAAGCAUCUAUUCACAGGCUACCAGUUACGGGGCACCUAUUGCCUAUGACGCCCCGCCUGUGCCUGCUGUGCCUUCGACGUUCAAGAGACCAGAGGUUGCCGUGGCUGUUGUGCUUCAACAAAAAGACGACGACGACGACGAAGACGACGGUGGCAGUCCCUGCACACUAUUUGAAGAGGACGGAAACAGUAUGGCUGUUACUGCUAGUAAGACCAACAAGGCAAAGGGUGUUUCCAAGAGCCCUUCCAGCGCUGAAACACAAACGCGGGGGUGGUGGGACACCAUCGUCACCCCAUUCACCGAGAAGACGAGCCCUCUGCGAGAAGCUCAGGAGUCACGGUUUCCGAAAGGCAGCCUAUCACCUGAUUCACUCUCCAAGCCGAACGCUGAGAAGAUGCAGUUUGCAAAGUCUAUCAAGUUGGACGACCCGCCCUCUUCGACCUUUAUACCUGGACUACCAGCAUCUCCAAAGCCUUCGCCCCGACACGACCACACGCCUAUAGUCAGGAUUCCUACCCCUCGAAGAACCCCAUCCCCCUUUUUGAAUGCUCGUACCCCAUCGCCUGCUUCUUCAUCGAGGUCACGUACCCCCCGGCUUGCGGAACAGAGUGAGAAGACGAUGAACACGCCGCAAGCCUUCGAACUCCCUCAGAUCAGCCCCCGCCCUAUUCACCGCCCAACAAGCAAAGACGCCGUCAGAUACCGAGCCGUGUUCCCCACAGGCCAUCCCCUCCAGAGCCUCUAUCCUUUUUCUCCGAACCCUGCGUCCCCCGCUAUCAAUGGAACAAUGAGCUCUCGUGGCGGUAUCUCCUUGACCGAUAUUCCCCUCACCCCAGCCGCAGGUACGUCGGCUAUGCCAAUACGACAGCCUGGUACCUACUUGCCUCAGGAACACUUGACGGCCGCCACUGGGCCCGGCCAAGAGGUCGAGCGCGAGAGGCGGCGACACGAGAAGGAAGAGGUCGUCGCUCGCAAGAUUGGUGGCUUCUGGCGCGGCCGUGGGUGCAUGCCGUCAAACGGUUGUUUCGGUCGCUCUGGCCGUGAAGGCCGGAAAAGGAGACGUGUCUGCCUCGGUGUCUGCUGUGGCUCCAUCCUUCUCAUUGUUCUCGUUGUCGUUCUUUGUGUCACCUUGAUCCCACGUGGUCAGACUGCCGUUGAGGUGCCAAGUAUCUUUGUCAACCUGACCGACUUCCCGCCCAUGCCCACGGGCCCGCUCACAGUUAUUGGACCGGACAACUCGGCUGCCAUAACAGGCUGUACACAGCCUACGACGAUAUGGAGCUGUGCACUUCCCAAAGAAGAGCACGAUUCUGUUGCCCCUUUCCGACCCAACCAGCCCAGCUUCUUCAUGCAGAUCCAGUACAACAAUGACACGAAUGAGCCCUGGAACAUUCCUAAUGGCAGCCCCCCGCGACCAGAUCGAGGCCGCACGCGCGAGCCAAGAGGAGGUGGUGGCCUCGUCGCCAGAGCUCGAGCAGCCCUCAUGAAGCGGCAAGAUGGCCAAGCCUUCAAUCCUAGUCCGGCACCCCCAUCAUUCGAAGAAAUGUACUUCCUGGGUAACACGACAGAUGGCAUCAUCUCCGACGACAAGGCUGGCGAACCGACGCCAUUUUACUUCAGCAUCCUUGACACAGUAAACGGCACGGUUGGGUCGAAUGUGCUCAACAAGCGACAGGACUUUAACCUGCCGUCCGACUUUCCCGUCGACCUUCCUGAGCCCGCGCUCAACGAAGAUGGUAGCGCGGCGCCAGCCAUCUUCAUGCCAAAAGCCUUUCAGCAACCUAUCCGCCUGUACGACCGCGGCCUUGACACAGAGCACUACGGCUUCUACACAUAUUUCAAGCGCAGCAUCUACCUGCGCUCCGUCACAGUCCUCAACGGAACGGACCCUUCCCGAGGUGGUGAUGGCGAGAGCAAUGUGCCACUUGACGAAGACGGCGGCGCCCGCCUUUCAGAGGCAAGCUUCAUUGUCACCUGGACGCAGACUCGGUUCCUCGUCCAGAUCUGGACGCGCCGUGAGAACACGACGCAGCUGCUUUCUGAGCGGGGUCGAUUUGACACUGGGUCGGGCGAGGCGACGGACCGGCCGGGGACGAUGCCGUACCCCAUCACCGUGACGAUGGAUACGCACGGAGGCCAGCCUCUUGAGAAGGUGGUGUGGCACUGGAAGGUCGACAGCCGGCAGAGGAUCGACACGAGCGACCCCAAGCUCAUUGCGAACAACAUUGGGUUUGGAGGGACGCUGGUGAACCCUAGAGCGAGAAACGAUACCUCGUUCGGGGGCUUUGACGGAGGAGAUGGAGGUUGCAAGUGUGAAUGGGUCAACUUCUUGGACAAGAGAAGCGUCUGA